AAGUCUUAGAAUCAGAGCUGGACUGUUAUAUGAAGAAGGUGUGCAAGGAAGAGGGACACCGAGAAACAGCCAGCAUCAAAGGAAAGAAGUAGGCAAGGGACAGACUGAGAGGAAGGACAUAGAGCCCCCUACUUGGCCCUGGUGAUGUCUGACUCCUAGAGACCCAGUCUUGAGGUGUGGGUCCUGAUUCUCAGGACCUGUCUAGUGCUAGGUCUUGGCAUGGCUUCUCAGCCCAGUCCACUUAGUAUCUUCCUCUGAAGUUGGAGAACUUCCUCUUCCUAACCACCAAGAGCAGUGGCCUCUCCAUGCAGUCCUAUUAAACUAGUGAGAAUGACUUUUUGGGCUCUUCCAUCCAGGACACUUCGAUUGGCAUAUCUUGAAACAGUGACCCAGCCCAGUCCACUCACAGACUCUCCUUCCUUCUUCUGCUCCUUGUUUCAUUUGGAUAAUUCAAUCACUCGUGUUUUCCUAGAGGUCUUACUAACUUUUUGUUGUCUCAAAUUAUGGGUGGCAGACAUUAGCUGUGGUCCAGACAGGCCCAAUGCUUGACAUGGCAAAGAUGUGGAGAGGAACGAGGUGGAGUCUGAAUUUUGAAAAUGGGAAAGAAAUAAAAAAUUAAGCAAAGGCUGGAAGGUGUUUCAAAUCCUGGGAAAGAGUCUGUGUGGGGUGGAGAGCAUUUCAGCUAAAGGGCUGUCACCAGAGGGCUAGCUCAGCCUCGGAGAAGAGCACUUUGGCUAAAGGGCUGUCACCAGAGGGCUAGCUCAGCCUCGGAGAAGCAGCUAGCAGUGGAUUAACUUCAAGUACUUGAUGCGCACCCUCAGCCCAGGAAUGCCCCCAGCCACCUUCCCAACCCUGAUCCGGGUCCCUAAACACCACCACCUGUCCUGCCCACUGGGCUGUCCAAUUGGAUUUCAGUUCCUCUCCAACAAGUGUCCCCAGCCUGAUCCACUUCACCUCCAGGGCUAUGUCCUUUGAGAAAGCCAGCAUAUUUCUGCUUCUGAGGUAACCUGCUUGCACAGAUAUUCAGAGGAAAAGUGAAUCACGUGUCUUCAAGGGCUGAGUGAGGAAGGAAGAGAUCCCAACCUUUGCCUGGAUGCUGUCGGUGGAGGAAGAGGGUGAGAAGCAGGAAGCACUCUCUCCCUUUUCAGAGACAGUGAUUUCUGCCAUUUUACCACAUGACAGUGUGAAAAUGUUCUGUUUUCUUGCUGUUUUUUGUCUGUUAUUAUUUUGAGAUAGGCUACUCUUUUGAUGUAGACUAAUCAGAUACAGGAUCUGAUGUAGGCUGGGUGGGUAGUGGCCUCCAUCUCCUUAUGUAGAGAAGGCUGACUUUGAACGUCUGACCCUCCUGUUUCCACAUCCUAAGUGCUAGAAUUGUGAGCAUCCAUAUAGUACGUGCAUAGAUUAUAAGCAUGUCAUGCCUAGCUCAAGAACUUUGUAAACAUAGCUUAGCCCCAGCAACUUCAAGAAUAAUCGGAAGAACUUUUAUUCAUGCCCCUGUUUAGUUUUGUUGUUUUGUUUUGUGGGGUUGUACCAUUUCUUGAGGGACACUUGGUAAACCUAGGGCAUUAGCAUCUAUUUCCAUUGUGAUCUGGCACUAAAAUAUUAAAACCUACAUGAAAGGAAACAUUUUCCAACUUUACUUCAGCUUAGGAGUUAUUGACAGUUGACAACUGCUGGAGAAGAAAGAAACAUUCUUCUCUGGGGCUGUGGCCCCUGGCAGAUCGCCCAGGCUCCGGUGUGUGGCUGCACACCCAGGCUCCAGUAGAUGGCUGCACACCCAGGCUCUGGUGCGUGGCUGCACACCAGGCUCCGGUGCGUGGCUGCACACCCAGGCUCCGGUGCGUGGCUGCACACCCAGGCUCCGGUGUGUGGCUGCAGCCCUGCACAUCCAGACAGCACUAAUUGUACUUAGUGUGUUAUUUAAAAUAAAAAGGGAGAAGGAAGAAAUGGAGGGGAAACAGAAGAAAUAAGAAGAGGCCAUGAAGUUGGGAGUGGGAAGUUGGAAGAGAAAUCAAAGAAGUUGGAGGAGAAAAUGGGCAGUGGAUAUGGUCGUAUUUCAUUGUAUACAGAUUUUAUCUCAUGAUAACAAAGAGGCUAUCGCAGCACAACACAGGCCACUGAGAAGGAUGAUGCCUGCAUCCGAGCAGAGAGAAAGUAAGCCCUCCCUCCCUGGAAGCCACUAUGAGUCUAUAGGAAAUUGCUCGGAGGAAGCGUGGUACUGAAGUGGCAUCUAUGCUGGAAAACUGGAAAUUCAGGCAACAGGGCUGAGUCUCUGAGGCAUUCUCACUGCAGCCCAGUCCCAUGCUGAGUACACCAUGGGGACCCCAGCUGCUGGCGUCCUGAUGCUUUGGGAAGCGCCCACUCCUGCUGCACUUUGAAAUGCAGAUUGACUCAAGUCACAUGUGGAGAGGCAUAUCUCUUAGGGAUCAAUGAUAGCUCACUGACAAAUCAAGCAAGAGCUUCUGCUUUCUGUUCCUGGUGUCCUUAUGGAAUACGCUCCUGCCUCUCAGUCCACGGGGAGCUUGGAAGCACAUCUUCCUCCAAGUCAAGCCACUCCCCAGACUAUGGCCUCCCUCAGAGGACCCAGUGAAGGCCUCCAGAUUCCUGACUCACAGAAGUUUUGUUUUCAGUCAUUAAACUAGGGGAUAACCUGUUGCUGGUACAGCUCCCUCCCCACAGAAGCUUCAGCAGGUUCACUUUAAGAUGGAGAAUUCACUGCCUCUCUCCAGAAGAACUGUCAGAAUCUACACCCAUGACGUCUCAUCAACAUGGCUACCCUAGCAGGAGCUAAACAAGGACAAGGGCAACACAACAGACAUGCUAACAUGGACAGAGAAAAUCUCAUAAGGUCUCAACCCUACACAAAAAACUAUAGGCAACUAAGGAAUGAGGACACAACCUGCCUCACCAGCAGACCCAAGGACCAAGAGAAAAGAGUGACAGGCUCUCCUGUGGGGCACAGCCGAGGCAUCAGCAUGGCAGAAGACUCAGAAGAUCUGAUGCCCACUGAGAGGAAGUCCGUCUGGAGGACGGCGGAGGAGAGGCGGAUGUCCGACCUCACCCGGGUGCUGGAGUGGCUGGAGAGGAGGCAGGGCAAGAAGAAGCGUGCCCUCCAGGUGUGUACGAUGGAAGAAAUUGCUGCGAGACUGUAUGCAAGAUUAUUAAAAGGAGAAAGAAUUGGAAUUCGACACCCCCGAGCAAAAGGGGAUUAUUUUUUAAACAUUGGGAAAAAGAUGGUGGAUGCGCACCAUGCAGAAGACAGGGCAAAGAAAGGCAUGGGCGCUAAGAAGAAGCAGGACAAAGAUGGCCACAAGGUGACCUUCAACAAGGCUGCUGAGAAUAAUGUACCUCAUGGCUCCAAGAAUCAAGAUCCAAACAGCAGCAAGAAGCUCGUCGGUGGUUACCUGAGAGGGUAUGGAACAGACUUUAAAGGCAAGCAUUUAAACAUGCUGUCCUCCAACUUCAGCAGGGAUGGCCUUAAGAAGUCUGGCACAUCUGGAUCAAGAAGAGGAUCAGAGAAUGCAGACUUAGACAUCAAGGAUGUCAUAGCCCUAGAAACCAACACUCGGGUCAACCCAUUCCGUAGACAAAGCUCCAUAGAUCCUAUACUCCAGGAAACUAUGUUUGGCACACGGAGGUCAGGCCUGAUGAGAGACUGGCCAAGCAAGGCUCCCGACAACUACGAUCGCAAGCUAAAGAGCCUCAUGGAGAAGGGCACAGAGCCCAAGAUGGAGACAGCUAAGAUGCUGAAGCCAGAGGAGGUGCUGAGCUGCCGGUACCUGCGUUUGUCCAAGAACAACGUCAAGACCUUGAUCAAGCUGUGCAAAGACGCAGGGAUGGACGUGGACAUCCACCCACACAUGGUGGAGUCCGAGAUAGACUCCAAGAAGAUAUUCGACCGUCGCUUGAGCACGGCGCUCUAACUGCACUGCCCACCACCGGAGCCUCACCCCAUGUGGGCUGAGCACCCCGCCACCGACUAGCUUCUCUCUAAACCGCACCAGGCCAACAAGUCAAGAGCAUCAUCACUAGCUGGUGUCAACUUUGUCCUCGGCUCCACCUUGCAGCAGACAAGGAGUAAUGGGAAGAGAGCCCCCUAGAGAAAGCUUGCUGGGUGCAGUGGCAUUUGCCUGUAUUCCUUCACAGGUGGAGGCAGGGGGAUCAAGAGUUAAAGCACGAGGCCAGCUUGGAGUUGCAUGAGGCACUAACUAAAACACCAUAAUGGGGAGAGGGGGAGUACAAAGGUUUUUUGUUUUUUUUUUUAAAUGCUUCUUGAGCAAGGAAACAGGGCCUCAAGUCCCUAGAGAACUUGAGAGAGGAGAAAAAGCUGAACAGCUGUCUGGCUUACAAGCCACUGCCCUAUGAAGGGCACAGCUGUGUGGGGAACUGGCCCUCGUGUAAGCCCGAGGCUGGUGGCUGAAGUCCUCUCUUGUAAGGACUGACUUCAUGGUCACACCAAUUGUAUUUGUUAGUCGUCCUUUCCCCACCAGCUGUACUACAAAGCUUGCUGGAUUCCUCUUGCAAUCUACUAAGACCCCAGGACCCACUGAUGGAACCAGAUCAGCUUGUCCUAAAGCUCUGUCCCACAUGCCCUGGGAUCUGUGUGCAACACAAAGUCCCCAGGGGGAAAGCUAGUGAACCCUCACUCUCGGGGAAGUGUAGAGGGUAGGUAAUCCCAAGAGGGUGGUUUGGGAUCCCUUAUCCCACCCCUGGGGCUUUUAGUCCCAUGAGCUGGUGGGCAGCUCUGGAUACAAAAUGGAGUCAGAUCCCUGGAUAGGAGAUCUUAGAGCUACAGAGGAAAGGCUUCCUGGUUGCGGAAGCUACUUUUGUUUGUUAGUUUCUUUCUUUCUUUUUU